AUGCCUAAUACAUUGGAGAAAAGCCGUGGAGCUUACAAGGGCCAAUUGACCACCAUCAAGAAGAUACUGGAAAGAUACAAGAUGAAUCCUAAAGCCCUUGAAGAGGAAGGAGCUGAACGCACUCUCAUAGCCCAACGUGAGAUGGUGGGUCGCAUUGAGAAUAAAUUCCAGGCGGUUCAAAGGGGAAUUAUCGACGAAGCAACAACUCCGGAAGAACUUACUGCUGAAGAAAAUGAAUUAGUUAACUUCAUAGAUGAGUGUUGCCAAGUGGAAUUGGAGUUAAGUCAAUUGAUUGCUUCAUUUAACACUCCUGAUAAAGCCGCCAAGGAAGAAGGAUCAGUGUCAGGUGUUGAUUCAAGCGAUCAGACUAUUCAACAAUUGAUAACUCUCAUGUCUAAACAACUUAAUGAACAAAGACAGCAGAGAAUGAGCGAAGAGAACAAACUAAAAGAGAUUCUCGCUUCCCAGCGAGCUGAAAUUGAGAAAAUAGUGAGUUCUAAAGUGGAAUCUGAUCGAACCAGCCCUGAAGUGCGUAAUAAUAAAGGCUCCGGACUUGAACCAAUCAAGAUCCCAACAUUUGGAGGAUUAUAUCACGACUGGCCAACGUUCAAGAACUUAUUUAUAUCCACUCUGGAGAAUAAUAAGAGCCUAACGGGUUCUCAGAAGAUGCAGUACUUAAGGUCAAACACAACUGGAGAGGCCUUAGGAUUAUUCGUGAACAUGCCCCUCACAGAUGAAAACUACAAGAUUGCGUGGAGCCGACUAGAGAAACGAUACGAUGACAAACUGGUUAUUGCAACAGCCUUCAUGGACAAAUUUUUGGGAGUCCAAGAGACCACUAAGCCAGAUGCUGUAGCACUACGUCGCAUUCAAUCAGUCACUGGACAAUGUCUUGAGGCGCUUGAUGCUUUGCCCGUCACCGGCCGUGAUCCUUGGCUAAUCCAUUGGACUUUGCAACGUGUUGAUCAUCAAACUCGUUCUCUGUGGAGUGACAAAAAACCUGAAGGAAUUCCAACCUGGAGCGACUUCGACGACUUCUUGAACGCGAGAUGCAAAAGCCUGGAGAGCUGCAGCAGUCAGCAAAAGACUACCCUAAGUUGUUCUGGAGCUGCCAAGGGCGUCAAUUCUCACGUGUUGUUUGCAACUGCAAUGGUCAAAGUUCUUGGAAAGGAUGAUGGGGUUGAGACUUGCAGAGUAAUUUUGGAUCCUGCUUCCCAAGUAAAUAUUAUUUCCACAAAUAUGUGCCAAAGGCUACGUCUCUCUCCUAAGCGCACUAAUUUCAUUGUGGAUGGGGUGGGAUGCUCAUCAAAUUUGAGUCAGAAGUCAGUCCAAAUUAAACUACAAUAUCAAGUUAACAGUUCUGUUCAAGUGCAAGCCAUUGAUUGUCUGGUCAUGCAAAAGGUUGUCGGUGAACAACCAAAUUGGAAAAUCAAUGUUGCAACCAUUCCCAUUCCUGCUCAUGUGGUAUUAGCUGACCCAUCCUGGUACGAAACUCAAAGGGUUGAUCUUCUCAUUGGGGGAGCUCAUGCUUGGGACUUCCUGGGAGUUGAGAGACAAAGUCUAGGGGAGGGCUUACCAAUGUUGCAGCAAAGUGUUUUUGGGUGGUUAGUUGUAGGCCCGUGUUACAGUGUGCAGCAGCCUGAGGUUGUCUCAUGCAAUGUCACGACUCUUAGCAGCAUUGAAAGAGCAGUAAAAAAGUUCUGGGAAAUCGAGGAAGUCCCAAGGGAGUUCAUAUCUUCAUCUGAAAAUCAGGAAGUCGAAGCUCAAUUUGGUGCUACAACAACUCGAAGUCCAGAUGGUAGAUAUGUAGUGCAAAUUCCAUUGCGCUCCAAUGUAAAUGAACUUGGUAACAAUCGUCGUAUUGCAGUAAACCAAUUGAAUUAUUUGAGACGCAAACUGGAGAAAAAUCAACCAUUGUACUCAGAAUAUGGAAACAUUUUCAAGGAAUACUUGACUCUGGGCAUAAUUGAAAGAGUCCCUUUGACCCAAUUGGAGAAUCCUUCAUACUAUCUCCCUCAUCAUUGUGUGAUUCGUGAGUCUUCAGCAUCCACAAAAAUUAGAAUAGUGUUUAAUGCAAGCUCUAAAACCAAGUCGGGAAUCAGCCUCAAUGAUUGUAUAAAAUCGUGCCCCGUUGUUCAACCCUCGCUUAUUGCCAUAUUAUGGAGGUUCCGCAUGCACCAGUACGCCAUGACUUGUGACAUCGUAAAGAUGUACCUCCAGGUCGGACUCCACCCACCUCAUAAAGAUCUUCACAGAUUUGUCUGGGUAGAAAAUAGCGAAGUAGUGGAUUUCCGUUUCCAGAGAGUUUGUUUCGGAGUGGCGGCUUCUCCUUACCUGGCAACGCGUGUGCUGAACCAAUUGGCAGAGGACGAAAAACAGACAUAUCCAAUCGGCUCUAUGAUCUUGCAAAAUCACUUUUAUGUUGAUGACUGUCUGUACUCCGCACCUACAAUUGAAAUGGUUCAAGAGGCAGAAUCUCAGCUGAAAGGAAUUCUUCAAAAGGCUGGAAUGACUCUUUCCAAGUUUCGAACCAAUGACGGAGCCAUAUUCUCCACUGAAAAUGAUUCACUUUCUAAAUUAACGUCCCUUGAAUUAGACAAGGAGGCAAAAGCACUGGGAAUCACAUGGAAUCCCUCAAGUGACACAUUUCAAUUUAAAGAAACGAUGUCAGAAAAGCCAGAAAUAAUCACUAAGCGUUACUUAUUUUCUACCGUAGCAAAAAUCUUCGACCCCUGUGGAUUGAUAGGACCAAUAAUCACCACAGCAAAGGCCAUGCUUCAGGAGACCUGGACCAAAGCUCUUGAAUGGGACAAGGAAAUUCCUGGAGACUUACUACAGAAAUGGAACGCAUUCACAGAUGAUUUGGCACACUUGAAGGAAUUGAGGAUCAAUAGAUGGAUAUCCCACUUGCCCAAAGUUUAUCAAUAUGAGUUGCACGCUUUCUGCGAUGCAAGUAUGCUAGCCUAUGGCACUGCAGUGUACUUGGUGUGUGAGAGUGAAGAUGGGCAGCGCUCAUCAAAUCUGCUGACAUCGAAAUCCCGAAUCACACCUAUCAAGUCAAAGGAAGAUGGUACCCGAGUGCUCACAAUACCCAAAGCAGAACUUAUGGGCGCAGAAUUGUCUGUGCAACUCAUGAAAACAGUUUCUAAAGAUCUAAAUAUCCAGCAAUGUUUUUUCUGGACCGAUGCCAAAGUAGUUUUGCAUCAAAUAUACGCACCUGAGGGGCGCAGAACUGAAUUUGUCAGGCACAAAGUGUCACUGAUUUUAAAAUCAUCAGAAGCUCAUCAAUGGCGGCACGUGUCUACAAAGGAAAACCCUGCAGAUGUCCUGUCAAGAGGGUGUAAAGUUACCCAUUUGAUGACACACGAUAUUUGGUGGCAUGGGCCUGAAUGGCUCACGAUGGAUAAAUCUCAGUGGCCCCCCGAAUUUGAUCCCACGAACAAUCCACCUUCAUGCCUCAACACUAUUGCUCAUGAUGAACCGGAGCCUGCAAGUGUCUUUGAAAAACUUCUGGAACGUUGUAGUUCAUUUGUUCGCAUGAAAAGAAUACUUGCAUGGGUGAUGAUGGCUGCUCAAGUUUUCAAAACUGGCUUGAGUCGACGUACUAGGAGUUCUGUUUUGGUAGAUACCAGUAGACUCAGAGUCAAGGACCUCCAGAAGUCCGAAUUACUAUUGUUGAAAUGGGAUCAGCAAGCCAACUUAAUGGACGCAAUUUCAUUGUUGCAAAGGAAUCAAUUCAACAAUAUUCCACCCAAUGUUCGAAAACUGAAGCCAUUUUUAGAUUCCGAUGGUGUCAUGAGAGUUGGAGGGAGAAUAGAUCAAUCAGCUGAGCCAUACAAUGUCAAACAUCCAAUCAUAUUGCCCCGUGGAAGACUAGCAGAGUUAGUUGCCCUCAGUGAGCAUCAAAGGUUACUUCACCCUGGACCUCAAUUGUCACUGUCCUCUUUGAGACAGAAUUUCUGGCCGCUGAAUGGAAGAAAUCUAGUCCGAAAAAUUGUGAGAAAUUGUAUAGUUUGUACAAGAGUCAAGCCUCAAGCAACUCAACAAAUCAUGGGUGAUUUACCAGCACCACGAGUGACUCAUGUUCUACCAUUUCUUCACACUGGUGUCGAUUUCACAGGACACAUUUCCAUUAAGCGAGCUCCCAGAGGUAAAGUUUUUGAAAAAGCCUACGUUGCAAUAUUUGUUUGCAUGUCAACAAAGGCGGUGCAUUUAGAAGUUCUCACAUCAUUGUCGACUAACGCGUUUCUGUCAGCUUUCAAAAGGUUCAUAUCCAGAAGAGGGUUGCCAGCUCACAUCUACUCAGAUAAUGGCACGAAUUUUGUCGGAAGUGACAAGAUGCUCCAAAAAAUGCUUCAGGAUCACCAAAUGCAGAACGAAUUGACGGACUACUCGAGCAAUUUGAAAGUGCAAUGGCACUUUAAUCCGCCGGCUGCCCCUCACCACGGAGGUCUUUGGGAAGCAGCGGUUCGUUCUUUUAAGCAUCAUUUUAAGAGGGUCAUUGGCGCUGCUAUUUUGACGUAUGAGGAGUUAAAUACCAUCGUAGUUCAAAUCGAAGCGGUCUUAAACAGCAGACCCCUGGUAGCAGUCACGAACCAUCCCGAUGAUCCAAAAGCCCUGACCCCAGGAGACUUGCUGAUUGGGAGAGCACCCGCGCAACUUCCAGACAAUUCUGACCCUGGUGAGGGAUUGAGCAACCUACAACGCUGGCAACUAUGCACAAAAAUCCGCAAUGAUUUCACAAAACGUUGGAGGCAAGAGUAUUUACAUACUCUUCAGGAGCGACAAAAUUGGGAUAAGGAGCAUUCGGAUUUGUCGCCAGGUGAUGUAGUUUUGUUGAGAACGGAAAGUGCAAAUUCGGAAUGGCCACUCGGAAUAGUUCAACAGGUGUGCCCUGGAUUGGACAACAAAGUAACCAAUUGA